AUGGAAUCCAGAACAGCUUGGAAUAAGUGGAACCGUAGGAUGUCCUGCCACACUGGGAAUCCAUAUGAUCAGUGUACACGCAAACAUUGUUUACAUACAGACCAAUAUAAUGUUGCUGCAGUGAUACCAGAACAGGAAAAUCCACCUCCGCUAAAGGAUAUCACUCAGAAAGUGACUUGCAAUCAACAGGUUGUUGUGAUGGAUCCUUCAAGACAAAUGAAAAGUAGAGUGAAUGAGAACACAAAGCAGUUAAGAUUUAAUUCAUGUCGUGGUGGUACUCAGGAUAGUGGUGUGUGGGCACGGCACAUCAGGAUUAAUCAGAUGAAGAAACAAGACAUUGAACCUCAGAGACAACGUUCCAGUUUAGUGUCAGUUCAGAGAGGCCUCUCUCAAAACAAAGGACAGUCUAGUCAAGACAAUACCACUUCACACUUGACCCAUUCAAUUAAUCCAAACCUCAUGACAGAGUUUACAAAGAAAGAACAAAACAAGGUUGAUUAUUAUCACUGUCCUUGGGAACAAAAGGAACAGUUACAUGGCUUUACUAACAAUGUGUCACCAUGGCGGUGUGAUAUUUCGAUGAAUUAUGUUGAAUUCAAGGAAAAUUGUCCCAAUUAUGUAAUUGAUAAUGGUCAGCAGGAAACCCUUGGAAGCUCAACAAAUUUUUACGAUGGAGUAAAAUAUAGAAACCAUGGUCCAUACGGAGACUGCUAUGAUUCACAGAACACUAUUACUACCUUAAUAGUUCCUACCACAGAGAUUGUGUUACCACUGCCACUUGACACAGAAUAUAAUCAGAGACCAGCGACUUUGAACACAUGGAACUUGGAACUGAAUGAGAACAUUCACAGAGAUGCGGGAGAGUGGUUAGUAGAGCCUUUGUUGGACGCUGAGCACAGUUCUCAGGGAACUGAUGUUGAGAGGGCGACAGAUAUGGCAAGAUACCAAUAUGAUAGCACAUCAUCAUUGCAUCUCUCGGAUUUGAAUAGAAAUCAAUCAUAUACAGCUCCUUCCUAUCACUCAGCUGCUGAUGUACAAGAUGCUAGACAUGACAACCGUUACUAUGGAUACCAGCCAUCCAGUGUAUCAAGCAAGGAAGAUCUGUCAGAAUUAUAUUACAUUCCAGGCCAACACAAAUUGAUGCAUUUACCUGCGAGGAGUCGAUUCAGUUAUGCUUAUGGAGAAACUGCUAAACAUAAAUACGGUUACGAAGAUGAAUAUGCCGACACAAACAGCAAUCAUUACGACACCUCACCUAGAAGUCAGUAUAGCUAUAUAGACACGCCUAGAAGUCAAGAUACUCAAGAUUCUUAUGACAGUAGAUACCAUGAGACACCAAGAGACUCAGGAUUUUCGUAUUCCAGACCACCUCAGGAGCAUGUUGAUGAAUCCAAAUCACAGUAUUCCCGGAAUGGCCAGAAUGGAUACCCACUAGACAGGAAUGGCGAUUGUUGGAGCGAGACAGCGUCUGUGGAUACGAAACAAGAUGUCAACCAGGUGCUAUUAGAAUCAGCAUACUAUGCAAGAAAACGACGCUCCAGUUUCGGUGCUGUUAGCCCAGAUUGGCAGCGUGGAAGUCCAGACACCAGCCCUUCUUCAAGGGAUCAAAAUCAGGCAUAUGGAGCAUUGAACGCCUAUACUGGUUUUAAUGGCAGAUCUGGGCGUAAUGGUGCAGUGGGUGAUGGAAGAAUGUCUAUGAGUGAUACGCCAAACUUCAGAACUGCAUACUCUGAUCAUGUUGCAGAGAACAGGGGCAGUUCCACUGUUCCAGUAACAAAUGGGAGAUAUCCAGGAGAUGGAAGUCAUUCACGAGCAGAUACAAGCUCAUAUCCACCACAGUAUAUGGAACUAACAUCUGGACAUACACAACAAGAUUCUGGCUACUAUACUGGAUAUCAUAAACCAGAAUAUAACAACCUUCGUGACAGGGAACCUUCUCAGCUAGAAUCUCAUUCCAAUGCAUCCUAUCCUGGAUACCUGUAUUCCGGAAAUUAUGUUAAUGAUUACGAAGGCAGGUCUUCUCCUGGCCUGAGCCAUUCAGGAAACAGUUCCAGUAGUAAAUCCAAACAGAGUGCAUCAACGAAUGACUUGACACCGCGAGAGCAGACCUGGACUUAUAGUGGAGCCAUCUACGUAGAUAAUAAUGAAAUGAAAUCUGAGACACCUGUUGCAUUUGGGAUAUCUUCGGUACCCUCUGUGAAUCAAGCACAACCUGUUGACAGCAGAAGUUUGCCACCAAGCUCUACGAUGCCUGAAGGUUCCAGGCUGUCGUCUUAUGGUGUGAAAGUCAAACCUGCUGGGGGAUCAACCACUACCAUGUUUGAUACUUCUGUAGGAAGUCACAGUAGUCCAAGCUCCAGCUACACUUCCCAAAGAAGUUCCAAUUCUGUUCAUAGCUUGCAGCGUAGCACAAGCCCUGAGCAAAGAAGUGUCAUCUCUGGCCAAAGGAACACCAGCCCUGACCAGAGAAGCACUAGCUCUGUUCAGAAGACCAGCUACACUAGUCGACGGUGUCCAAGUCCUAGUCCGACAUAUCCAAUACAAAGAAGUUCUAGUCCAGCCUUCACUAGACCACAAGGGUCAAAGGAUGCCUGGCGAAGACAUAGUUAUGCUGAACCAAGCACUGUUCAGGAAGAUUUUAAAACUCCCCUCCCUUCUUCAUUUACUUCUGUUAGUCAUAAAAGCCAUAGUCUGACUCAAACAUCACCAGUUAGUGCCAGAACCACCGUACAAAGCCUAACACAGACCUCUCCAUCAUCAGCCACCCAUAGUUCUUCACCACACAGUCGAACCACUGUACGAAGCUCAACACAGACCACUCCGCCAUCAGCCACUCGUAGUUCAUCACCACACAUUCAAGCCACCAUUCAUAGUUCAUCAGAGACCUCUCCACCAUCAGCAACCCGUGGCUCAUCAUCACUACACAGACGAAGCUUGUCCUCCCCACGAGUCAAAUUUGAUACCGAGGAGAAGGAAAAUCACUAUGAUAACAGUUACUAUGCUGAUUCAGGUAGGCUUGGAGACAGCUACAAUAGUUCCAGAGAACUCUCGAUGAAUGAUUUGAAAACAAACCAAGCGGAGAAACCUGAAAUAAGACGACCAUCCUCACCAAAGAUGAGUUUGUCUUCCUUAGGUCCUAGUAGUAGAUUAAAACAAAGUAAUACCUCAUUGUCAGUGUCCUCUUUGAAUAGAAGUAGGAGCUCAUCACUAGACAGGAUGCAUGAUGGCAAAUCAUCAGGGUUUGUUAAAAGCAGACCAAUAUCAGUGAAGAUGUCUUCGUCAACUGAAAUAACACCUGCUAUGUUACAACGAUUUAAAAAGAGAAUAUCAAAACCACAGAUUCAAUCCAAUGUUCCUGUUUACACAUCAACAUUCUUGACACGUUCUGGUAACCAUGGAAAUGGAGAUAGUCAUUCAAGAUCAACAUCUCAAAGUGGGAAAGGUAUCCAGACAUCACCAGGAAGUACCAAGACAUUGAAUCGUAUGUCAUCAAUACUCUGGGCUAUGAAGCUAAUAGAGUUACUACAUAAGACGCCGUCCAGUAGCCAUGACGAGUUGGUUGUCCAGGCGAGAUGGUUCAGAAAGUGGUACACUAAUGUCAACAGAAUCAAGUCUUUAAGAGAAGAACAAAAUCAAAUGAUGGAAGAUGCUGCUGUAUUCUGGCGAAGGCAUCUAUUGCGAAAAUGUCUAUCAGUGUGGAAAAAUGGUUCAUCACCGGAUAAAAGAAAUGAUGCCGAGCACCUUCAUAGACGGCACAUGUUGACGAAAGGACUCCAAGGUUUGAAAUAUGCCAUCUGUCAAAAGAAGCAAUUAGAAGAAAAGCUGGCAGCUCAGUGUCAGAGUAAUUUGCUAGUUAGACAUUUUGACACUUGGAAAUCCACAUAUCAUGAACACAGGCACGAAACAUUACGGCAUGCUUUCCUGACGUGGCAACAAUUUAAACUGGAUACCGACAAGUUUAAACAACUGUCUUGUAAACAUGAUAAAAUGAAAGUGUCUGGUGCGUUCCGAGCGUGGAAAGAUAAACACAGUGAUGUACAGAAAGAGGGGCUAGCGGGACUUCAUUACAAAGUAACUCUAUUCAGUAAAGGUUUUCAAAGCUGGAGACUUUACACGUCAGAAAGACGAGUUAAAACGACACAGAAUGAAAUGGGGAAAGUUUACUUUGAGGAGAAAACUUUUGUGAAAUAUUUCAAGAAUUGGCAAGCUGAGUAUGAUAAAUUCCAGAUUGCCAAGAAUCAUCAUAGCAUGACUGUGCUCUCUAAGAUACUGACUGGAUGGAGACGAAGUCUGCCGAUUGUACGAGCAGAACGGUUGCAAGAUAUGAGUGAAGCUAAAGAAUUCCACAAGAAGGCGCUAUUGAAGGUGUAUUUUGCACAGUGGUCGUUGAAGCUUAAACAACAAAUAAUGCAAAAAAUGAUGAACAGGAAUAGACUCAAGCAAUGUUUUGAGGUAUGGUACUUGAAACAACAACGUCAGGCUAUCCAACGACAAAUAGAGGAAUCUAUGGCAAGAAAGACGUUGAAGAGACGUGUCUUGUAUGCCUGGAUGGUGAAUGUGAGAAAACAGAAAGAAAUCCGAGAGAGAUUCAUAUCAGUAUUACACCGUAUACAUGUCAGACAGGCACUUUGUGACUGGAGACAGUUUACACUUUUCAAAAAACAACUCAGGAAGAAAAUGACGUCAUUUAAAGAAAUGAGAAACAAAAGACUGUUAAAGAAGUGCUGCCAUUAUUGGAUGGGGCGGUAUAACAUUCGGUUACAACAGAUACAAUCUAGACAAGUGUGGUCAGAUCGAUGUACAAUGACAGCAUACAAGGCUUGGACAGAGAUGGUCAGACGAAGACGAUUAGAAGCAAAGCUGAGGAUGACCCAACCACACAGAGAUAGCAAUUUACUGCAAUCUGCUUUCCGGACAUGGCUGGCUGCUAAACAGCAAUCUGACUGGGACACGCAGAGAGCCAAAUCAGUACAGUUGAUUUUGGAACAUAACAAUGCUUAUAGAGUAUUGACACAGUGGAGAUUAUUAACAAAACAAACCAAGACAAUUCAACCACUGGUUGUCAGGAGGGAAAGAAAAGAAAUGGCACAUGUAUUUGAUGCAUGGAGGAGUAUUGUAUUGCGAAGAAGACAGUGUGUAAACCACUAUGAGUACAGUCAACAAAACAAACUAAGUGGAGCAUUCAGUGCUUGGAAGGAGAAAGCCGAGUUGCUACAGCGGGAAAAAGAAGUUGCCCAAGAGAUACUGGAUAAUAAAUUACGCCGUUGUAUGAAGGGUUGGCGUGGUGUCGCUCAGAGAACCGUACAAUGUCAAAUGCUUACAGAGCAAAUCCAUCACAGUAAACUGCAACACACCUUUGAUAAAUGGAAAGAAUCAUGGGAAGACCUUGUGGAAAAAAGGGACGAUGAUGAAGCACAAAAGGCUGAAGGCCAUAUUUUGAAGAGUGUGUUUCUUGGGAAAUGGAGAGAUACUUUGUAUGAUCAUAAAGAUAAAACCGAUGAUGUGUUGAAAUCAUUUAGUGAUUACCAGUCUGGGAAUACAAUGAAAAAUGCAUUUUUUAACUGGAAGAAGCAACUUCUGGGAAACCAGUUAGCUAGAGAAUACCAUGAUGAUCUACAGUUGCGAUUGAUGCGCCAAGUUGUUCAGUCAUGGAACGGCCAUGCCAAACAAACUUGCCAAGAUUCUGUGGAGAAAUUCAAGCUAUCGCUGGGUGGACCCAGCUCGCCUACUCUGAGCGACGACUCUACCCUGUCGCUUGCAAGCCAACUCUCGGAAACAGUGUCACAGAAUAGUAGUGGUUUCCAUAGCAACAUUCCAAUUGCAUCCACCGGUAGUAGUAACAACGGUAAUCAUUUUGAUGGAUAUCCAGGUUAUCCCAUCCAUGAUGAGGCGGAUCGAUGGGAUGGACAGGGAAUGUUCCCGAAACCACUUAGCUUUAAAUCCAACUCCUAUCCAUCUAGUCUGUACUCGGACUCACUGCAUGUAGAGAUACCACAAAACAGACAGCUGACUCUAAAGCGUAUAAUUCUACAUUGGAAACUAUACCCAGCAAGCACCGCUUUUCAGCAAUGGCUGUCGUACACUAGAAAACAGAAAUUACUGUGUCAACUGCAGUACCAUAUGCAGUAUACAAGCAUGCUGUUGACUUUAAAGCAUGGUAUGCAGGUCUGGAAGAGACAACAUGCUGCUUCAGUUAAAGCAGCCGAACAUUGGGAAACCAAGAUGAAAGAGAAAUGUCUGAAGGCCUUGUUAUAUUAUAAAAUUGAUCGAAAACGUAAACAACACAAGACUGCCAUAGCAACCAGACAUUCAAACUCUGGUGACCUCAUGAGGGCAUUCCUUGUAUGGAAACAUCGGACCAAAUAG